AUGCGCGGUAGUGGUUCAGUUAAUUCAAAUAUGAUUACGUCAUGUGUUGGAUUACCACAGACAAUUACAUCGAAUCGGGAUGAAUAUAAUCAAAAUCCUUAUGUAGGGAAAGAUUUCUAUGAAGAUGAAAAUUAUCGUUCAGCACUCGACUUACUUAAUGGAGGUAAGUUUCUUGAUAUUCUUUUGUUUGUAACUUUAAAAAAUGAAAUUUCGAAAAAUACAUAUCCAAUUAUGUUUUUAAAAUUUAUACAAUCCAAUAUUAAAAAGGUUAAAAAAGUAUAG